CCUGACUGUUCCCCGCGGACGGAGCCCCCCUACUCCCUGCCUUCCCUUGAUUCCUUAAGAGGGCGCCCACGACUCUCCUCCUCUGGGUCGGGGGGAGUUUCUUCCUCCAUUUUCAUAGGGUUGUCUGUCGAGAUCCCUGUUCCUUUCGCUGGAGAUUCGGGCUCUCUACUUUCUGAUUUCGUCCCGCGUUGUUCUGAGCGGACGUCCCGACCUUUUCUGAGAAACCCCCGUUGAAGGAAGUAUUCUCUCUUCUGUUUUUGUUAUAGAUUUGGUUGGUUAUCAUUUGAAUUUGUCGAACUGGUGUUGACCUGCAUGACAACUUUGGCAAUGAGAAGUAUUGAGGAGGAAGUCUCUUACAUCCAAGUGUAAUAGUGUUUCGGCUGAAUCAGUGGUUCACAUUUGGGCUGCAGUUUUGAAAACAGAAUCAGUCAAAAUUCAGCGACCAGGGUCUGGGGGUGACCUGCCGCAAGGCAGCGGCAUUGACUACGGUCUUCCUGUGACACGGAGAGUUAACUCUGCACAUGCCUUCAUGAUGAUGGACAAUGACAUGGAGGAGGGAAAUGUUGGCUCUUACCAGGAUCGGCCUAGAACCUUUCCAUCCAUGCGGAGCAAAACUUAUACACCAAUGAUAAUAAGGAUAUUCAUGGGCAUGAAUUCUCGUCUCUUACUGGUUCUCCUGCUAUGCACCCUUGUAGCCGUAUUUUACAUUGGCGCAAGUACUUCUCCUAUUAUUGUGCUUGUGUUUUCUAUUUGUACUGCCAGUUUCAUUUUCGCGUUAUAUCUCACGAAAUGGGUACUGGCAAAGGAUGAGGGACCACCAGAGAUGGCUCAGAUAUCUGAUGCCAUUCGUGAUGGAGCAGAAGGUUUCUUCAGAACCCAAUACGGAACAAUUUCCAAAAUGGCAACUUUACUGGCAUUUGUGAUUCUUUGUAUAUAUCUGUUUCGUAGUACUACGCCUCAACAAGAAUCAUCUGGGCUUGGGAGGUCAACUUCUGCAUAUGUUACUGUGAUAGCAUUCCUUCUGGGAGCUUUAUGUUCAGGUAUUGCUGGUUAUGUUGGAAUGUGGGUAUCAGUGCGUGCAAAUGUUCGGGUUUCUAGUGCUGCUAGACGCUCAGCAAGAGAAGCAUUACAGGUUGCUGUCCGUGCAGGUGGAUUUUCUGCUCUUGUUGUUGUUGGGAUGGCGGUCAUAGGGGUAGCCAUUCUUUAUUCAACAUUCUACAUUUGGUUAGAGGUGGACUUGCCAGGUUCAAUGAAGGUGACAGAAUUACCUCUUCUCCUGGUUGGUUAUGGAUUUGGAGCCUCAUUUGUGGCACUCUUUGCGCAACUUGGUGGUGGUAUUUACACUAAAGCAGCUGAUGUAGGAGCUGAUCUUGUUGGUAAAGUAGAGCAAGGCAUUCCUGAAGAUGACCCACGUAACCCUGCUGUCAUUGCGGAUUUGGUAGGAGAUAAUGUUGGUGAUUGUGCAGCUCGUGGUGCUGAUCUUUUUGAAAGUAUAGCUGCAGAAGUAAUCAGCGCCAUGAUACUUGGCGGAACAAUGGCCAAGCAUUGCAAGAUUGAAGAUCCUUCUGGUUUUAUCCUUUUCCCUCUUGUUGUCCAUUCCUUUGACUUGGUGGUAUCAUCAGCUGGGAUUCUUUCCAUCAGGGGCACACGUGAUUCAGGUCUCAAGACACCUAUAGAGGAUCCAAUGGCAAUACUUCAGAAGGGUUAUUCAGUUACAAUAUUCUUGGCUGUUCUAGCAUUUGCUGGGUCAACACGGUGGCUACUUUAUACUGAGCAAGCUCCUUCAGCGUGGCUAAACUUUGCUUUGUGUGGUUUGGUGGGCAUCAUCACAGCCUAUGUUUUUGUGUGGAUCACAAAAUAUUACACUGAUUAUAAGCACGAACCAGUGCGUUCAUUAGCUCUCUCAAGCUCAACAGGCCAUGGUACCAAUAUCAUUGCUGGUGUCAGUUUGGGUCUCGAGUCAACUGCCUUGCCAGUUCUUGUCAUCAGCGUAUCUGUAUUGUCAGCCUUCUGGCUAGGACACACCUCAGGCCUGGUGGAUGAGAAUGGACAUCCAACUGGUGGUUUGUUUGGAACUGCUGUUGCUACAAUGGGGAUGCUCAGUACUGCAGCAUAUGUGCUAACCAUGGACAUGUUUGGCCCCAUAGCAGACAAUGCUGGUGGAAUUGUGGAAAUGAGUCAACAGCCUGAAAGCGUCCGGGAGAUCACUGAUCUUUUAGAUGCAGUGGGGAACACGACCAAAGCUACCACCAAGGGGUUUGCUAUUGGAUCUGCAGCACUUGCAUCUUUCCUUUUGUUUAGUGCUUACAUGGAUGAAGUAGCUGCUUUUGCUCAUUCACCUUUUAAGCAGGUUGAUAUUGCAAUACCAGAAGUUUUUGUUGGAGGCUUGUUGGGUUCGAUGCUGAUCUUCCUGUUCAGUGCAUGGGCCUGUGCUGCUGUUGGUCGGACUGCCCAAGAAGUUGUUAAUGAAGUUAGGAGGCAGUUUAUUGAAAGACCUGGCAUAAUGGAAUAUAAAGAAAAACCAGAUUAUGGGCGUUGUGUAGCUAUUGUCGCAUCAGCAUCACUCAGAGAAAUGAUUAAGCCUGGAGCUUUGGCAAUUGUGUCUCCCAUUGUUGUCGGGGUUAUUUUCCGGUUCAUAGGGCAUCAUACAGGUCAUCCAUUACUUGGAGCCAAAGUGGUGGCUGCCAUGCUAAUGUUUGCUACUGUUUCUGGUAUACUGAUGGCACUCUUUUUGAAUACUGCUGGCGGCGCAUGGGAUAAUGCAAAGAAGUUCAUAGAAACUGGUGCUCUUGGAGGGAAGGGCAGUGAUUGCCAUAAAGCAGCAGUUACUGGAGAUACUGUUGGAGACCCGUUCAAAGAUACUGCUGGACCUUCACUUCAUGUUCUCAUCAAGAUGCUUGCAACCAUAACACUGGUGAUGGCCCCAAUUUUCCUGUGAUUCUAGCUGUGAUGCCUUUCCAGAACUUUGAUGCCCACUGCGUGCGGGAACCAAUUGAAGAGAGGGAGCUGACAUGAUUGAGGGGUUUGGAGAAUAUCCUCCAAAAGAGAGAGGAAAUGGUUUUAUAUGGCUUAGUGCUUAGGAAGCCCAUUUUUUAUUUUCCUCUUCUUUCUUGUAACCAUAUCACCUUCAUUUCAACUGAUAAAGAAUAAUAGUCGGAGUAUAGCCCAUUCGAGUA